CCGCCCUGCCGUGGGGUGGGUGUACGUGUACCAGUGUUUAGUGAAUGCGUGUUGGUGUCAAUGUCAGUCAGUGCCAGUCGGCCAGUUCAGUUGGCCGCGGGCGUUGGGUGGAAUGGCUCGCGUGCCGUCGACGAGGACGUGUGUACCGUGUCUCUUGCUCGGAGCGUUUUUGCCUCGAGCAGAUGCGGCCAGCGGGUAAUUGCAGACGUGCAGCGCUGGUCCCUGACUAGACGGACCACGCUGAUACAUGCUCUGCAGUAG